GUGGCCACCCUGAGCGAGCCCUGCCGGAGCUGCGGGCACGCCCUGGCCGACCAUGUGUCCCACCUGGAGAACGUCUCAGAGGAGGAGAUCAACCGGCUGCUGGGCAUGGUGGUGGACGUGGAAAACCUCUUCAUGUCGGUCCACAAAGAGGAGGACACGGACACCAAGCAAGUGUACUUCUACCUGUUCAAGCUCCUGAGAAAGUGCAUCCUGCAAAUGAGCCGUCCGGUGGUGGAAGGGUCCCUUGGGAGCCCACCCUUCGAGAAGCCCAAUAUUGAGCAGGGAGUCUUGAACUUCGUCCAGUACAAAUUCAGUCAUCUGCCGCCCAAGGAGCGACAGACAAUGUAUGAACUCUCCAAGAUGUUUCUGCUGUGCCUCAACUACUGGAAGCUGGAGACGCCCUCCCAGUUCCGGCAGCGCUCUCAAAAUGAUGACGUUGCCACCUACAAGGUGAACUACACCAGGUGGCUGUGCUACUGCCACGUGCCCCAGAGCUGCGACAGCCUGCCCCGCUAUGAGACCACUCACGUCUUCGGCCGCAGCCUCCUCAAGUCCAUCUUCACCGUCACCCGCCGGCAGCUGCUGGAGAAAUUCCGCGUGGAGAAGGACAAGCUGGUGCCUGAGAAGCGGACGCUUAUCCUCACCCACUUCCCUAAGUUCCUGUCAAUGCUGGAGGAGGAGAUCUAUGGGGAGAACUCUCCCAUCUGGGAGUCUGACUUCAUCAUGCCAGCCACGGAGGGCACCCAGCUAGUCCCAUGCCCAGCAGCUGUUAGUACUGUGGCUGUGCCCAGUGCCCCACUGUUCAGCAAGAAGCUCAGCAGCAGCAGCUCCUCCAUGAGCAUGGACACCAGUGCUUCGGAGCCCAUGCCAGGAAAGGAUGGUCCCAGGUCUGGGAGCCAGUCUGCAGCCAGUGCCAGCUCUGCUGGUGCACAGAGAGCAGAGACCCAGCCUAGCCCUGGUGAGAAACGGAAACUGCCUGAGAGCCUGACGCUGGAAGAUGCCAAGCGCAUCCGGGUCAUGGGUGACAUCCCCAUGGAACUGGUCAAUGAAGUGAUGCUGACCAUCACAGACCCUGCUGCCAUGCUGGGGCCAGAGACCAGCCUGCUGUCAGCAAAUGCGGCGCGGGACGAGACAGCGCGGCUGGAGGAGCGGCGUGGCAUCAUCGAGUUCCAUGUCAUCGGCAACUCACUCUCCCAGAAAUCCAACAAGAAGAUCCUUAUGUGGCUGGUGGGGCUGCAGAAUGUCUUUUCCCACCAGCUGCCCCGCAUGCCUAAGGAGUAUAUCACACGCCUCGUCUUUGACCCCAAGCACAAGACGCUGGCUCUGAUCAAGGAUGGCCGAGUGAUCGGGGGGAUUUGCUUCCGCAUGUUCCCCACCCAGGGCUUCACGGAAAUUGUCUUCUGUGCUGUGACAUCCAACGAGCAAGUGAAGGGGUACGGGACACACUUGAUGAAUCACCUGAAGGAGUAUCACAUCAAGCACACCAUCCUGUACUUCCUGACCUAUGCCGACGAGUAUGCCAUCGGGUACUUCAAGAAGCAGGGCUUCUCCAAGGAUAUCAAGGUGCCAAAGAGUCGCUACCUGGGCUACAUCAAGGACUAUGAGGGGGCAACCCUGAUGGAGUGUGAGCUUAACCCCCGCAUCCCUUACACUGAGCUUUCCCACAUCAUCAAGAAGCAGAAGGAGAUCAUCAAGAAGCUGAUUGAGAGGAAGCAGGCACAGAUCCGCAAGGUGUACCCAGGCCUGACCUGCUUUAAGGAGGGUGUGCGGCAGAUCCCCAUUGAAAGCAUCCCUGGCAUCCGCCAGGCUGUGCCACUGCGCUGCCAGAUGCCUCCUGUAGCAGAGAGCUCUGCUUCCCUUCCAGGAGAAACGGGAUGGAAGCCCCUGGGGAAGGAGAAAGGGAAAGAGCUCAAAGAUCCAGACCAGCUCUACAACACCCUGAAGAACCUCCUGGCCCAAAUCAAGACCCACCCCAGUGCUUGGCCCUUCAUGGAGCCUGUCAAGAAGUCUGAGGCACCUGAUUACUACGAAAUCAUCCGUUUCCCUAUCGAUCUGAAGACCAUGACUGAGCGCCUGAAGAACCGCUACUAUGUGACCAAGAAGCUCUUCAUCGCGGACCUGCAGCGUAUCAUCACCAACUGCCGGGAGUACAACCCACCUGACAGUGACUAUUGCAAGUGCGCCAAUACCCUGGAGAAGUUCUUCUACUUCAAACUCAAGGAGGGGGGCCUCAUAGACAAGUAGCACAGGGGAGAGCCCUGUGGCACUGGGGGGUUGUGCUCCAGCUCCUCCUCAGAGCAGGUGCCUCCUGGUCUUAUGCUCCCCCUGCAGCCAAAACACUGGUGUGCAGGGCAGGGGUGGCAUGUCUUGUUGUUUACAUCCUCCAGGUGGGGUCUGCACUCUUCCCAGCUCAGCAAGGCCUGGUUCCUGCCACGUACAGGGUGCAGGCUGCUGCUGACAACCUGGGUGCUAGGCUGCGCCCUUGCAGCAGGUGGGGGUGCUCUUUCAUGGGCAUUUGUCAUUUCACAAACAGAGGCUGGGCUCUGUGAUGGGGCUGUGGUGGCUGAAAGGCAGGCGCCGUUCAAGGCCUUUACAGCAUUAUGGGCUGGACUUCGCAUCCCCAUGCAGCCUUACUCUGGAGGAAGCAGCAUGGGCAGCUUGCUGUAGAGGCCUUUUUCCAAAAGGGAAUGGAUCUAUACUGAUAUUUUGGCCUGCUGUGAGGUCCUAUCAGGGCUGCCCACUCUCUUCUGCUGGGGCUGCACCUUAUCUGGCCGUAGGGGCUCCCAUUGCUAUGUGAUUCGUCCAGAGCAGUGAGGGGAUGGUGGGGAACUUGGCUCUUGAGGGCUCUUGGCCAAGGCAGCCCAGAAUUACUGGCAUGUGCCUGUGUUUUGUCUUGCUGUACAGAGCAGAGUCUGGACCUGCUUCCUGCCCUAGCAGAGCUGCCUUCCCUCUCCCCCAUUCUUUGAGCCUGGGCUCUGCCGCCUCAGCCUGGCAUUAUGCUGCUGGCUCAUGCUCUGUCUUGCUGCACACGCACACUGCGCCUCCAUCCCUGCCCUUUACCAUGUGAAUGUAUGACCAGGGUCUUCCUGCCUCCUAGGCUGUCUAGAAGGGGACAGAUUGGGGAGGUUAUGGGGCAGGAGCCCACUCACCUCUGGUCUGGGAAAGUGUCAGGGUCUCGCCUGGGGCCUUCAAUUCUUGUUCUUAAUUGAAGAUGCAUCGGAGCUCCUAGCCCUGUCCCAUUGCCGCUCUCAGCCCUUUUCUUCCUGGGGUACAGAGACAGCUAUUUCUUUUCCUCUGAGCCAUGCUCCGUCUGUGCCCUGGCACUCCCUUCUGUUGUGCGGGCUGUGGCCGUGUGCCCCACUAGACACUCCACUGCCUUGCUACUUGUCACACGGGUCACUGUCCUGCUUGAGCCCUUCCACUGGACUUCAGUUUAGGACCCUGCCAUGCUCUGAGUUCUGCACAAGCUGCCUUCUUCCUGCUCUUCAUUCCAUCUAGUCCACUGCCUUUCAUGACUAUCCUUAACAACCUCCAUGGCUGCUCUGGUGCUAGGAUCCUAGGGCAGAGCCCUGUGCCUAUCUCACAGAGGUAGGGACUGUGAUGAUGUACCACAUGGUCUUUGCCUCAGGAGGAAGCAUUGGCCCAGGUCGUUCCUGGGCAGAGAGUGUAAGUGCAGGGGAGUGGAAUCCUUUGUCUGUUCUCGGGGUGGCACUGAGAUGUUUUUGGCCAAGGGGGUAACUGCAGAGGUGACCAGGGCUUCACCAGUUCUGUCACUAAGCAAUCUGGGCCAAGCAUGGCCCCCCCCUCAGCUAGCCAUUUUGUCAGCAACCUUGCCCUGCCUCAGACAGUGGACCAGGUGCCUAAUCUCCCUGUUUCCUCUUGCGUGUGGCUGCAGCUUCUGAGGGCUAGAGGCUGCCACUUCCAUGCCCAGCAUCUUCCUGAGCCAGCAGGCAGCCCCAGGGAGUUCAGGGCCUUCACGGGAGCCUGUUCCUCACUGCUCUGUCCCUGUCUGCCCAGCUGCUGGACUGUGAGCAGAUUUCUUCCCUGCUGUGGAAGGGAAAUGAAGAUAAGCUGUGUUUGUACUGCCUCCCCUGCCCCCCCACCAUUGACUGCCUCUUGUCUUUUCUGCUAUGCCUGCUUGUCCCUUAUGCUGUCCUUGCCAUGUGAGAGCAGGUGCUCCUCAUGCCUGGCUUCUGCCUUGCUGGGCUGUACCCACACCCAGCCCUGCCCAUCCACCCAUUCCACCUCACACUUGUGGGUUUUUUUAAAUAAAUGUACUUGU